AUGACGAAGCCUAAAGUCGAAGAAGCAAAACCUAACGCGGAAGAGAAACCCGACGAUCUCGAAAUCAACUCGAUCGGCUCCCUCUACAAUGGACCUUGGGACAAGAAGUACUGGAGCUCCUCCAGGUGCUCGGAUGAGGUGAAACUCUUCAUGGAACUUGUUCCAAUGGGUGUUGACUGCAACAAUUUAUGGCGUCGUUGCCGGGAACUUGAUUUAGUUUAUAUUUCUUGUUUGAGAUAG